ACAUUUGUAUGUUAGUCCCCGGCUCCCUUGUGUUUAGUAGGCGUUGACAUGCACGCGACAGACGGGGGAGUGAAUUCAUCAGCCUGCAGUCUUUCCUGAUGUCUAAGGACUGCUGUUGAGCUCAGGCUCAUUCACUGAAACUCUUUGCCUGUUUUGUUAAGUAUUUGCGCGGUUUUCCCAUCAUUCAGCUGUGAUGUUGCGGAUUGUGGUGUUGAUGGGGCUGCUGGCUGUGGAGGGCUCUGCGGCUGUGCUGCCCAAGAACGAAUCGUUUAUUCGGACAUUUUCUGGUUUUUUCCUCACCGUCACCGAUGAGCCAAUUGAUUUCCUUGACGUGCAGGAGGGCAGCGGCUCCGGCUCGGGUCCAGUCUCCAAACCCAAGAAAGAUCACCACCACCACCAUGUGGCUAAAAAGACUUAUCACAUCUCUCCGGAGGCCUCCAGCUUCCUCACAGGCCGCCUGUUGACCGCUGUCAUCCCAACAAUAUACAUUAUAGUGUUUAUCAUCAGCGCUCCUCUAAAUCUGCUGGCGCUGGUCAUGUUUGUGCGCAAAGUGAGACCGAAAAAACCGGCGGCGAUUUAUAUGAUAAAUCUGGCUUGCGCCGACCUUCUGUUCGUCCUGGUGCUCCCGUUUAAGAUAGCCUACCAUUACAACGGAAAUAACUGGAUAUACGGGGCCGGCAUGUGUCGUUUCGUCACGGCUGCCUUCUACUGCAACAUGUACUGCUCUGUGCUGCUGAUGAUGUGCAUCAGUGUGGACCGCUUCAUGGCUGUCGUUUACCCGAUGGAUUCGCUCACCUGGCGCAGUCCGCAAACCGCGUCCGUCGUGUGCGCCGCCAUGUGGCUGUUGUCCAUCGGCGGCGUGAUGCCUUUGCUAAUUUCCAAUCAAACCAUCCACCUACCUGACCUGGGCAUUACCACCUGUCACGACGUCCUUGACCUCCACCACCUCCGCGAGUAUUACCUGUACUUCUUCCCCAUCAUCUCUUCGCUUUUCUUCUUCAUCCCGCUCAUUUUCAGCACCGUCUGCUACGCGCGCAUCAUCCAAGCCUUGUGCGCGGCCAACGUGGAAAACCGCGCGAAAAAAACGCGGGCUGUCUUUAUGGCCGUAACGGUCUUUUCUGUUUUCGUCAUAUGUUUCGCGCCCACAAACAUCAUCCUGCUGUCGCAUUACGUACAGUUCGCGCACAAGCACAGCGAGGCGUCCUACGCCGCGUACUUGGUGUCCACGUGCAUAGGGAGCAUCAGCUGCUGUCUAGACCCUCUCAUGUACUACUUCGGAUCGUCUCAGUGCCAAAAACAGGUUCUCGCCGUUCUCAAGUGUCAGGGAGCGUCAGGCAUCGAGAGGAGCGCACAGUUCACCAGCACCACCAGGUCAAGCAAGCUGGAGACUUUUAAAAGCAGCGUGAGCAACCAGUACAGGAAGCUGAUGGCAUGAGCAGCCUGCUUUUAAAGGGGUUUUAAAAACUUCUCAAACUAGCUGUAGCAGGUUUCCAAAGACUUUAAAUCAUUUAUUUUUAGCAGGUCCGGCUCAUUUAGGAUGGUUGGAGUUGAUUGCACUCAUUCAUUGAAACUCUUGGAUUAUUAUUAUUAUUCAUAACAUUUCCAAAAACAUCCAAAUGACUGUGGCACUUAAACAGCUUUUAUCUCAUCUCUGCUAAUGCUUGUAGAUUCUUGCUUUAUUUUUGUAUUCAUUUGUUACCAUGUCGAAAAGCUAUAUUCUUGCAAAUAAAUGCAUAUUUACAUAUAUACUUACUGCUUUGUAAGACAAAAAUGACAAUUGUAUGUUACCUUUUUUCUGUUCACCGUAAUUUACAUGAUGGCUGGAUUUUACUUGGUGAAAAUUCUCAAAAACAUUUCAACCUAUGGUUUUAUCUUUAGGUAGAUAUUACAAACGUGCACUACCGUUCAAAAGUUUGGGAUCAGAAAAUUUAUUCAGCAAGGAUGCAUUAAAUUGACAGUAAAGGCAUUUAUUACAAAAGAUGUCUAUUUCAAAGAAAAUACUGUGAUUUUGAAUUUUCUGUUCAUCAAAGAAUCCUGAAAAAGUGCAUUACAGUUUCCAUAAAGAUACAAAGCAGCACAACUGUUUUCAGCAUUGGUAAUACUAAGAAAUGUUUCUCCAGCACCCAGUCUGCAUAAUAAAAUGAUUUUUGAAGGAUCAUGUGACAUUAUAAAUAAAUGCAGCAGCCUUGGAGAGCACGACUUCUUUUUAACAGUUAAAAAAUCUUUCCAGCCCCAAACUUUUUAACAGUAGUGUAUAACAAUGCAAAUUAUGUAAGUAAAGGCUUCAAAUCUUGUUUAAAUGUCCAACAUAGCUGGUCACCAACAUAUUUUGUGCUUUGUGCUUUCUGAUAUGUGACCCUGGACCACAAAACCAGUCUUAAGCCGCACAGGUUUAUUUGUAGCAAUAGCCAUGGGUCAAAAUUAUCGAUUUUUCUUUUAUCCCAAAAAUCAUUAGCAUAUUAAGUAAAGAUCAUGUUCCAUGAAGAUAUUUUGUAAAUUUCCUACUGUAAAUAUAUAUAUAUAAAACUUAAUAUUUGAUUAGUAAUAUGCAUUGCUAAGGACUUCAUUUGGACAACUUUAAAGACGAUUUUCUCAUAUUGAUUUUUUUGCACCCUCAGAUUCCAGAUUUUCAAAUAGUUGUAUCUUGGCCAAAUAUUGUCCUAUCAUAACAAUCCAUACAUCAAUGGAGAGCUUAUGUAUUCAGCUUUCAGAUGUUGUAUACAUAUCAAUUUCAGAAAAUGAUCCAUAUGACUGGUUUUGUGGUCCAGUGUCAUAUAUUGUUUUGUCUCAAUCAAGCUCUUUAACCUGCUCAAAUUUCAUAUCCAGCAAGAAUAUUAUUUGACCAUCUACGCAACAAGAAAGUACUAUAGCAUAAUUAAUUAUGGUGGCUUGUGCAAUUUUUUUUUUUUCUCAAGAAAGGUUAAAUACACAAACACAUACUACAAAUGGUGAAAAUGAUUUUUAUAUCAGCAUAUCCAAAUUCUUCACAGAUAGCUGUAUUUACAAGAACAAAUCCAACAUGACAAGAAAUCUUGAGGUCCGUCCUAAAAAAUUCAGAUCAGUCCAUUACAUUUAGGGAUGUUACUGUACAUUUGUCUUAUUCCGGAGGAAAAAUGAAAUUAAGCCAACCUUUGGUUUGCCUAAACAAUGUGUUUGAUAAAGGGUGAUUUUGUCAGUGAUCGUUGUCUGAUCAAAUCCUUGUUUAAACAACGCAAUAUAAUGAAGGCCUUGAAAUGUCAUGUUUAGUUCACUUAACAACAAAAAAUAUUUUUUCUGCUGUUCAAUCAUAACGGUGUAAUUGUGUGAAUUAUGCUGCAUCUAAAAGUGGGGAAUUUUAUUAAGGAACUGCUCUUUUUGUUAUCAGCUAUGCUGCAUACAACAGAAAAAAAAAAAUUACAUAAAAAAGGAACAUACAAAAACUUGUGGAAAGAUUCAAUAAUAAAAAAAAAAAAUAGAUUGAGUCCUGUGUGAAUCCAUAAAGGAGACAGGACAAUAUUAACAAUGGAAUGACAAAAAAAUAAAAAUAAAUAAAAUGGUGGAAAAGCUU